ACCGUGAUGGUGUUUGCACACAUUUUGCAUUCAAAAAAACUGUUUUUAUUCCAAUUUUUUUCUAAUUUCAAUUUCUACUGAAAACCAACGAAAUAAAAAAAAAUGAAACAACGCGACUCUCUGGAUGAAAAACGACGACAAUUAACAUAUUUCACGUCUUGCAACGCCGGAACAUGCCAAUGCCGUGGUUUCCGGCCUGUUUUGAAUCACGAAGAUGAGACUGUCGAACGGCGAGCAACACGAGCAGAAAGAGAAAAUGAUUUUGCACCGAUGACUAGGGAUCUGGAAACUUUGGGAAGCGAGGAGAUAAUCGAAUGCCGAACGUGUGGUCAUUCUAUAUCUUUUCAUGCGGAGCCACUAAAAUAUUUGUCACAAGAGGAUCUGGACACGUAUACGGAUCAAAUUUCCGACCUUCAAACCUGUUGCUCUGAACUUUCAGAAAUCGAUCCUUCUCAUGAAUCUCUUCAGACGCUAUACAUCACAAUGCAAAUUCUCCUGAAAUCCCUUCGCACACUAACGCCCGUCGAUGUGCCUUUUAUCGGAAAACCAAAUUUUGAACCGGAAUCCCUAAGCCCAUAUAUUCUUGUGAAGAAGUUUAUCGCAUCCCGACCAGUUGAUAAUGCCGAAAAACAACGAUUAGCCGAAAUUGGAACGCUUUUUCUAACUGAAAUGAACCACUGGAAGCUUGAAGGAUUUCAGAGUCUUGCGGAUAAAUUAAAUGUGCCUCUCGAACAGGGAAAAUAUCGAAUGAUGUAUGUAAGAAUGGAUUAUUAUGUGAAUAUGCCGGCGAAAUACGUGUCUUUUAAGCAGUUUCAGACAGUGGACAUAUUCGGCGAGAAGUUCACCACAACAUUCUGUAAUUAUCUAAUAAAUGUGCUGAAUACGGGCAACUAUACACCAUUCGGCCUUUCGGAAAGUGAUUUAGAAGAGAAUAGCGAAGAUUUGAUCACAUUUGCAACGGAUUUGAGGCGAUAUUUAGAGACUGAAGAUCCACAAUCAACCUCCACCACAAAUCGACGAAAAGAUUCAAUUUCUACAGAAGACGUCAUUUUGAAAUAUGUAAAACGGAAAAAGCCAACGGAUCAUUCUGAAAGUUCAUCUCCACGUGAGCUCUCCACUUCACCUGUGGAAGAGCCCCGUCGCAGGAAGAAAGAGCCCUCAAGCUCCGCAAAAAAAUCCCCAGAAACUGAAGAAUCAAUGGCUCUACUGCGUUCUCUGAUUCGGGCGAUCAAGUUCGAAGGCGACCUGGAUGCAAUGGAACCGAAGACAAAAGUCGAAUUUGAAGCUCUUAAUACAGAAGUUUCACGAGGUCUAAGUGCUCUACAGGAAGAGGAGAGUGGGCUCAUUGAGUUCCGAGUAAUUGGAAAUGAUCUUGAUCCAUUUCAACAUCACGAGCAACUUGUUCAUCUUGUUGAGCUUCAAAAUCUAUUUGGAGCACAGCUUCCGAAGAUGCCCAAAGAAUAUGUGACACGGUUGAUUUUUGACUCGAGGCAUCAAAAUAUGGUGAUUUUGAAGCGAGAUAUGGGAGUUAUCGGUGGAAUUUGCUUCCGAACAUUCCCUUCACGGGGAUUUGUGGAAAUUGUAUUUUGUGCAAUUACUGCAAUGGAACAGGUCAAAGGAUAUGGAACACAUUUGAUGAAUCAUUGUAAAGAUUAUAUGAUUAAAAAUAAGAUUUAUCAUAUGCUAACCUAUGCUGAUGAAUUUGCAAUUGGCUAUUUUACAAAGCAAGGAUUCUCUGAAAAGCUGGAAAUCAACGAUACAGUCUAUCAGGGAUGGAUUAAAGAAUAUGAAGGUGCAACUUUAAUGGGUUGUCAUCUACAUCCACAAAUCUCGUACACAAAAUUUCCGGAUUUCUCGAAAGGAAUUCAGGCUCUACACUGUGGAUACAAGUCGGAAAAUGGAGCAGAAAGCCGUGGAAAAGUGUUUGGAGGACUUGAGCAUCUUUUCAGAGAAAGUUCCCCACAACUUCUCGAGCUCCGAAAAGUGCCGGGCACGGAUUCGCUUAAAAUGCACAAAAAGUCGUGUUACCAUCUGGACGAACGAGACGAUAGUCUUGACUCAAAAAUUGGAGCAAUUCUGAAGAAGCUGACCGCCGAUAAAAAUGCAUGGCCGUUUGCAAGUCCAGUUGAUGUGAAAGAAGUACCAGAAUAUUAUGAUCAUAUUAAGCAUCCGAUCGAUUUUAAAACAAUGCAAGAAAAAUUGAAACGGAAGGCUUAUACUCAUCAACACUUGUUCAUAGCCGACCUGAAUCGCCUCUUCCAAAACUGUUACGUGUUCAACGGAGCUGAAGCUGUCUACUAUAAAUAUGGCUAUAAACUGAACGAACUGGCGCUGAAACUUCUGAAAACGUCGUUCCCGGAGAGCUCGUGGUAUCCAGAGCUCCCCGAGCAAAAACCUCUAUGUUAAUUGUUAAUCUGUAAAUAAUUCAAUUUUUAUCUUUAUUAAUUAUAUAUUGAUUAAGACGAUCUCUUUUAUUUAUUUAUUAUACACUAUAUUGAUUCAGACUUUUGUGAUUUUUUGAGAAAAAAAUAUAAAAAUUCAUUAACAACGACGAAAAAAAUUUUUUUACCGGUA